CAAAAUUGUUGUUCAGUGGAAAAGACUUUUAUUUUGAAAUCAUCACUCCAAGGUUACUGGUCAGAAUGCGCUUUGCUCACAGUGUGAGAUGUGCUUGUAAAUAGUGAACUUCAAGAACAGGCGAUUUAUAUCCCUCGACGGGGUUUAAACUUCACUUCAAGGUGUAAGAAUGAUUUCUGCGACACUGUGUCUCAGACACUUUGGCACAACUACGAUGAGGAGAGCAGCGUCUGAGUUCCGAAUGACUGUCCCAUGGGGAGAGAUGAGAGGUCAGGUUUGGGGUCCUUCUCAUGGUCGUCCUGUGCUGUGUUUGCACGGUUGGGCUGACAACAGCGGGACGUUCAAUACUUUGAUUCCAUUGCUUCCUAAAGACUGGAGAUUCGUAGCCAUUGAUUUUCCAGGUCAUGGUCUCUCGUCUCAUAGGCCUGAUGGAUGCUUUUAUACCUUUCCUUUGUAUGUGGCAGAUGUUCGGCGAGUUGUAGAAGCUCUUCAGUGGAAGCGAUUCUCCAUAAUUGGACAUAGUAUGGGAGGGAAUGUGGCGGGAAUGUUUAGUGCGUUGUACCCUGAGAUGGUUGAAGCUGUAGUUCUCUUGGAUGCUUUUGGAUUUUUCCCAACAGAAGUGACUAACAAGUUUAAAAACAUGAGUGAAGGGAUAAAUGAUCAAAUCCAUUAUGACAACAAGAUGAAUGAAAGGAGAGAGAAGGUGUACACAUACGAGAAAGCCAAAGAAAGGUUGAAGGUUGCAAACCCCGUUCUUUCCGAUCAGUCUGCAGAUAUUCUGUUGGAGCGAGCAGUCAGAGAGGUUGAAGGAGGAUUUAUAUUCACCAGAGACUUCAGGAUCAACCUGAAAAACAUUGUAAAUAUUAGUAUGCAACAAGGCCUCUACAUGCUGUCACUAAUUAAAGCCAGAGUGCUGCUACUGCUGGCAAGUGAGGGUCUGUUCAAAACGUUUACUCUACCUAAUGGAUAUAGUGAUAUGAUUCGGAAGGGCUGGUCUGAUCAAAAAGCCACCAUUAUUGACAUAGAAGGAGACCAUCACAUUCACCUCAACAAACCUGAGUCCAUGGCCUCCAUCAUCACUGAUUUUUUUCAGUCACACAGUCCUGACAAAAUAGAAAGUGAAUGUGACAACAAUCAGACUUCGAAAUUAUAACACACACAUGCAGAUUUAAACAAUGAAAUUUACUGAUCCAAAGUAUUCACAUCAUUAACCAAUUAUCAUAAUUUUGUGUUAUAUUGCAAUACUUUUUUAAGCAUAACAAACUUAUUUUCUCAUUUUACAAAAGGUGUUUUGCUAGAAAACCUUCUGAACAUUUGCAGUAUUUUGCACUCCAUUCAUCCAUUUGUCUUCCAGUUUUAAUGCUGAUGGAAAUCUCCACCACAUUCACACCUCACAGGAGGUAUGGUGCUUUUUGAGGUGUGGAUUCACAGCAUUAAAUUCGCAAAAUACAUUGCUUUGAAUUUUGGUCUUCCCAUUAAGGCCAGUGUUCUGUGGAGUCGGUUAAGGGUAUGAAUACCUUUUGUUAAUGACUCUCUUUAUGUUGUGUAAAUUAAAAUUAAAGGCUGCUGACAUUAAUUGUAGUCUUAAAACAAAAAAAGCUCUAGUACCAAAUCAUCUUUAAGCAUUACUAGAUUUAAUCUACUCAUUGAAAAGCUGGCCAUGUGAUACACAUAAAAGUUUUUUUUUGUGAAAACAUCUAUUAAUGUUAAUAAAUAUUAAUUAAAAACA